UAGACUCUGUUUUACCCACGUUGCGACGACAUUUCUUGUCCGCCACUCCACUUGAGGGGAGUACGUAAACAGUAAACAAAAAGGAUUCCACUCAUCAAUAAAGCAAUGUGAUAAUUCGUAAAUAGCAUCGUAGUUAGACGUUCGACGAUUAGAACGUCUAAAAUGGCUGCUGGACGUGGAAUACUGAGUCUGAGAUUCAACCAAGAUCAGGGGCUAUUGUUUAAUGGAAUUGCAGGAUGUUUCACGUGCUGCAUGGAGUCAGGUCUCAGAAUCUAUAAUGUUGAGCCACUGGUGGAGAAGGCCCACUUCGACAAUGACCUCAUGGGCAGCAUCGCCAUUGGUGAAAUGCUCUGGAGGACGAAUCUUAUUGCAGUCGUGGGCGGUGGCGUACGACCAAAAUUUGCUGAUAAUACUGUUCUGAUUUAUGAUGACGUUGCCAAGAAAUUCGUACUGGAGAUUACUUUCACCAGCACUAUCAAGGCUGUGAGACUCAGGAGAGAUAAAUUGAUUGUAGCACUUCAGAGGGAGAUCCACGUAUUUUCGUUCCCCUUUCCCACCAGGAGAUUACUGACUCUCGAGACGAGAGAUAAUCCCAAAGGGCUGGUCGAGGUAGCAACACUAGCUAGUGCCCAUAAACAAUUGUUGGCUUUUCCUGGACAUAAGAUUGGGAGUGUUCAACUCGUUGAUCUUGCUGCUACUGAGACUGGUAGUUCCUCAGCACCAGCGACCAUUUCCGCCCACCAGGGACCACUGGCUUGUCUCGCCGUGAACUCGAAUGGAACAAUGGUCGCAACAGCUUCAGCACAAGGAACACUCGUUAGAGUGUGGGACAGCAUCAGGCGACAACUGCUUGUGGAAUUGCGACGCGGAGCAGAUCCAGCAACGCUCUACUGCAUAACGUUCAGUAGAGAUUCUGAAUUCCUCUGCGCGUCGAGUGAUAAGGGCACUAUUCAUAUAUGGGCCCUCAAAGACACUCGCCUCAACAGGAGAUCCACAUUUUCUAAGAUGGGCUUUCUCGGUAAUUAUAUUGAGAGUCAGUGGGCGCUUGCUACGUUUACUGUACCCCCAGAGUGUGCCUGUGUAUGUGCAUUUGGAUCUCACAAUUCCGUUAUUGCUGUCUGCAUGGACGGAACUUUCCACAAAUAUGUCUUUACGUCCGAAGGAAACUGCAAUCGUGAAGCUUUCGACGUUUUCCUCGACGUCUGUGAUGAUGACGACUUUUGACAUCUCCAUGAAAACCACUAGAUCCACUCUUUAUUUCACUUUAUUUCGAAAGUAAUAAUAACGACAGAUUGAUAUGUUAAACUGUUUGGAGGUUGUACAGACACUAAUCGAGCGUGUGACAAUGUUAAAUCAUUUAUUCUGUGUACAUAAUUUAAAACAAAUCAAUAUAAAUGAUUUAAAACGA